CACUCGUAGUCGUAGUCGUCAUCGUUGUCGUUUGUCGUUCUCGUCGUGUGUUAGACAAUUGUAAAGCUAUUUCAAAAGAGAUAUACCAAAGACUACAAACAGUUCUCCGAGGACAUUCAGAGCAGGAAGACAUAAUAUACUAUACAGACAAGAAAAAAACACACACAAUCUUUGCAAUUGAAAAUUGAAGAAAGAAAAAAGUUAAAUAAAAUACUGAAAUAAUUAUUGAAUUAAAAAAAGAAGAAAUUUAAACAAUUUCAAGAAAACAAAAGUGAAGCAAAAAAAUGUGCUAAUGUGUGUCAUCUACAGAAUUUGUCAAAAAAUAUAGAAAAAAUCGGAAAAAUAAAUUAAAAAAAGACCAGCUUCAAAAAAAGGAGAACCCCCUGAGAAACAGAGAAAAACCCCCAAAGCCAAGAAAAACCCAAAAGCAACAGCAACAAAACCUGCAAAAAUGUUUUCCAAUAUCACAAAUCAAUUCACAUCGUUGGUGGGUGCCGUCAAAGGUGGCAACGAAGAAGAUGUUCCCGCCUCUGAGGGAGCACCCGCCGCAGCAGCAGCCGCACCAGCUGCCCAACAACAGGAUCCAGCAGCAGCAACAGCUGAGGGCGCUGAAGGGGAAGAAGGCAAAAGCCCCGCAUCAUUUGUAGACUCCUUACUUAAAGAAACAUCCGGUUGGUUAGGCAGUGCCAAGGGUUGGUUAGGCAGUGCAUCAAUACCAUCUAUGCCGGCCAUGCCUUCAAUGCCCACAAUGGCUAUGCCAUCAAUGCCUGCUAUGCCUUCGAUACCAUCUAUACCCGGUCUGCGUAAAGGUGGUGAAGAGGGUGCCGAAGGUGUCGCUGCUACUGGCGUUGAAAAUCCAGCAGCUGCCACCGGUGGUGAGGAUGACGACAAAUCGAGGUAUCUUAGUGCCACAGAGGGAGCUGAUUCAUUGGCAGCAUCUGGCGACGAGGCUCAACUGGGCGAAGAUGGUCAGAUUGGACAGGGUAAGGCCGAAGACGUGAAAAUUACCACAAAGGUAACCCAACAGGCCAAACAUUUUGGCUCAUUCCUGUCAUCAGCUUUCACUGAGGCCGGUUCAAAGCUAAAAGAAACUGUCAAGAAGAAUCCCAUUAUGGAGUCGUUUAACAAAGAACAAGAAGCCUUUAUUAAAGGCCAGGCUGGCGGUAAUGGUCCAGCUGUUGCCCCCUGGGUUGGCCUAACCAAUGAGGCCAAGAUCAAGGAAGAAAUCAUGGGUCUGUCCCAGGAUAGACGUAACUUUGUACGUGCACCACCGGCUGGUAUUGAUUUUGAGUUCAACUAUGAUACCGCCUAUCCUACCGCCCAGGCCAUUAUGGAAGAGGAUAAGAACCUGGAAACAAUGCGUUUUGAAUUGGUACCCAAAAUCAUCACCGAAGAGAAUUUCUGGAGAAAUUACUUCUAUCGCGUCUCGCUCAUUAUCCAGGCCGCCGAAUUGGGUACUCUCGGUGAAGAUGGCGUUGCACAAGCCUCAAGUGGUGAAGAUGUCAAAGUUUCAAAAUCUCAAGAAACCACCACCGCAACUGCCGGUGAUGGCUCAAAAUUAAAUUCCAAACAAACAGCAUCAUCAUCUUCCACUGCUUCUUCUGCUCCAUCUUCUAAAAAUGAUGCCACAAAAUCCGAAAAUUCUUUCGUUUCCAUAACCCAAGAGCCGCAAAGGGCCAUGAAACGUUUAGAAUCGACCUCGGAAUCGGAAUUCGUUUCCGAUACCUUUCAAACAACCGUGGAUAGUGAAGAUUUGGAAGAGAUUAAAAAUGGUAUGCGCAAACUCGGUAUUGAUAGUAUGACCCAGCAAUUGCAAAAUGCUUCUUCUUCUUCCUCCUCCUCCUCUGCGAAUGCCCUGAGUAAUGAUGAGGAACAAUGGGAAAAGGAUCUGGAGGCAGAACUUAAAGAUUUCGAGGUAGUUGAUAAUGGUUCGAAGAAGUCUGCAGCAGCUGGUGGUGGUGGUGGCGGCAACGACGAGGACGACGACGAUGAUCUGCCGACAAUAUCACGUACGCGCAAUGCAAACAACGAUUGGGAGGAAUAUGCCGAUUUAAUUGAAGAUACCGAUGAUUUAAAGUAAUUAAGAGCUUAUAUCGUAGUUUUUUCUAAGUUCUAAGACAAACAUUUAUAUAUGUGUUUUAUCUUCCGUCUUUCCCUUCCCCCCGCCCACGUUUAUGUAUAUUCAAACAAACAUACACUCAACUUUUGACAUACCCACAUUGUUUCUUGUGAUUGUUUCGGUAAUAUUUUUGUGGUCCAACAAAAUAAUCUUUUAUAUAUUUGUUAUAUACAAAAAAUACUAUAUAAUUAACUGUGUAUGGAAAUGUAUAACCACUACCAACUUUUGCUAAUUUAAAAUUGUAACAAAAAUUCAAUUUAGAACUUUGAAAGAUUUAAAACGUGUCAUGUUGGGCUAUCAACGAGAUCAAUCAUUUUUUACGCUCUUCUAGUGUUUUGCCAAUGGAUAACAAACAAACAAACAAAGUACUACAACAACAACAAUUUCCAAUUUUUCUUAAUGUUACAACAAAUUAAUUUAUUAACAAAUUCAUUUAUUAAUAAUAAUUUUGUAUUGUUUUGUUAAAGAACCAACCACACACAAAUUACAAACUUACCAUAUAAGCCUGAAAUGUCAACAACAACAAAUACUACCACUUGAAUAAGAGUAACAACAACAAGAAAAACCAAAAACAAUCUUGGUUAUAUAUUAAGAAAUUUAAAUAAUGAAACCCAAAUCCUUUUUGUUCCUUACACAAAUGUCCCCCUGCCAAUCAAUUGGAGAAGAGAGCAGAAAUUUCCUUUGGGAAUCUCUUUUCCCUUUCUCUCUUGAAGUUCCAUAGAACUAUGCACUGUGUUAGAGUUUUAUUAGAUAUAUAAAUAUUUUAAAAUAUCCAGCCCAUAAUGGGGUUAGAAUUGAGAAGGUUUCCAAUUUCCAAGUUUUAGAAAAGUGAGGUUAUGGCAAAAUUCAAAAGGGGCUUCUUUUAAGAGGACUUGUUAAAUGGCCUUCGUAAAGACCUCUCCAAAAGUUUUCUAUAAGGAGAAAAAUUCACAGAUCUAUCCAAUAUGUAGGAGACCAAGAGGUCUCCUACUCUAUUUCCAAGACCUUUCGGAGCUCUUUUCUAUAUAGAAGAACUUCUAGGGCUCUUCCAUAACUAAAAUACUUCCUUGAGCUUUUUAAUCAACUGGAGACAUUCUUGAGCUCUGGUACAAAUGGAAGACCAUCUUGAAUUCUUUUACUUAUAGAAGAAAUUACCUCUCCAAAUGUUUUCCAUAAGGACAAUUACAGAUCUAUCCAAUAUGUAGGAGCCCUCUUGAAGCUCUAAUUCGGGACCUUUCGUAGCUCUUUUCUAAAUAGAAUACCUACUAGGGCUUUUCCAUAACUAAAAGAUCUAAUUGAGCUCUAUUAUAAAUCGGAGACUUCCUUGAACUUAGCUACAAAUAGAAGACUACCUUGAAUUCUUCUACUAAUAGAAGACCUUAAGCUUUAAGCUUAGACCUCCUGGAGCUUAUCUACCAAUGAAAGACCUCCUUGAGCUCUACUAUAAUUAGAAGAUCUUCUAUAAAAAUAAGGCCUUCUUAAGCUCUACCUUAAAUAGAAGAUCUCCUUGAGCUCUACUAUAAUAGAAGACCUCUCCGAGUACUACUAUAAUUAGAAGAGCUCCUUGAUAUCUACUAUAAAUGGAAGACUUCCUCUAUCGCUGCUAUAAGUAGAAGUCCUCCUUGAGUUCUACUAUAAUCAGAAGACCACCUUGAGCUCUUCUGUAGACAGAAGUCCUCCCUGAACCAUACUAUAAAUAUUAGACCUCCUUGAGCUCCAAUAUAAAUAGAAGACCUUAUUGAGCUCUGCUAUAAACAGAAGACAUCCCUGAGCUCUACUAUAAAUAGAAGACUUCCUUGAGUUCUACUGUAAAUAGAAGAUUUCAUUGAGUUCUACUAUAAAUUGAACUCCUUGAGCUCUACUAUAAAUAUUAGACCUCCUUGAGCUCUACUAUAAAUAUUAGACCUCCUUGAGUUCUACUAUAAAUAUUAGACCUCCUUGAGCUCUACUAUAAAUAGAAGUCCUACUUGAGUUCUUUUAUAAAUAGAAGUCUUUCCUGAGCUACACUAUAAAUGCAAGAUCUCCUUGAGCUCUGCAAUAAACAGAACACCUCUCGAGCUCUACUGUAAAGAGAGGGUCUCCUUGAGAAAUAGAAGCCCCCUUGAGCUCUGCUAUAAACAGACAACCUCCUUAAAGUCUGCUAUAAACAGAAGACAUCCCUGAGCUCUUCUACAAAAAGAAGACUUCCUUGAGUUCUCUUUUCUUCUUGAGAAACCUUCUAAAGCCUUUGCAUAAAAAUCUGAUUUACAGGUAGUAAGUCUAUUAGAGCUCUUUUUCGGGAACAAACGUAAUUUACAUAGAAGAUUUACAGAAAACCUUUCUUUAGAUCUUCUACACUUCGUAAAUCUUCAUAGAUCUUUUGGGGGUUUCAUAUACAAGACCUUCUAAAGCUCUUUCAUGCGAAGGAAGUGUGUUUCACUUGAAGUUCAAAAACAAUAUCAUAUUUUGAGGCGUUACGGGCUAUUUCAAUGCCAAAAGGUCUUUCCGAUGUCGGUUUUCCGGUCCAUUCUGUAACUAACUUCUUUACAAUUUCACUAAAUAUUCCCUGGUACCAGAUCUUCCAUAAUCCGACUUUUCUUAAUACAAUAGGAAAUUAUUCUCAAUUAUAACCCCACUACCACAAUAACCUGUAACACAGUGUAAUUAGUCGGAAAUGAAAUAUAGAAAAUUUCAAGGGAAAAAAUAAUCGGUUUUUUGCGAAAGAGGAAAAGUGGGAUAACUCUCCCUCUCUUCUUUCCCAAAUUAACUAAAUUUUUAUUUUUCAUGAAAACUGUUUUCUGUCACGGCUCCUCCAAUACAAAAAAAAAAAAUAGGGAAUAAUUGCAAUAAAACAACAACAAAUUGUUAAUUACAAACACAUCAGUCUCUCUCAGAUCAUCCCAACAAAUUUGAUCAUUGAAACCCCAAAAUCCAAUAAAAAUUCUCUCUGUUUGUUUUCUGGUCUCUCGCUCAUGUUUUUCUUCUCUCCUUCCCCUCUACAUAACAGUUUAUUGGAUACGUAUAUUUAAAACGAAAAAGACAAUUGAUGUUUUAUUAUUUAUUUCUAUAUGCAUAAAUAAAUACGAAAAUUAUUAAUUGAAAAAAAAAUGGAAAUACAAUUCCAAUUUCAAAAUAGACAAAAAAAAUUGCAUUUGAAUUUAUGGUGUAUAAACAGAUGAAAAAAUUAACAAAACAUAAACUUACUUAAUUGAUAAUAUACAAAAAAAAAAUAACGGCAACCACAACAAAACCAUAUAUUGUUUACAUUUUAAAUAAAUAAAAAAAUGAAUUUUAUUAAAAUAAACCAAAAUAUAUAACAAGAAAAAAAUUCCAAAAAAAAAAGAAAUCACAACAACCACUCAAAAAGGAAAUAAGACAACAACAAACAUAAUGUAUAAAACACUUUAAAUUUAUAAUUAAUUAUAAAUCAUUAUAUUAAACUAAAUAAAAAUAUUAUUAUAUAGUAAAAAGAAAGAAAUAAAUAUAAAAAUUAUAACAACAAAAAAAACAAUUAAAUAAAUAAUAAAUAAAAGUAUAUAGUUAAACGUUGCCACACAGUUUACGUUUUCUAUUUGUAUUUCUCCCUGUUAGUUAAAAAAGACAUAAAAACAAAAAAAUAUAUAAAACUGUGUUCGUUAUAAAAAAACAAUAUUUAUAAUUUUCAAUUCUAUUUUUUUUUUUCAACAAACCCCUGCAAUAAUAGUUAAUAUUUUCCGUUUCAAUGUAUAACCAUCCUAGAGAAUACAACAAAACAGCAUUGGUUCUGAAAAUUUGUAGAAAAAUUAACAGAAACAAAAAUACAACUAAAAUAAACAAAGAAAAUUGUUAGUAAAAAAAUAAAUUAUGCUAAAAUCUAUAUAUAUACAAAAAAACAAACGUAAUUAUAAUAUUAAAAUUAUUAUUAUUAUUAUUAUUGAUAAUUAUGUUUAUGAUAAUUAAAAAUAAAACCAGAAAAAAAACAAUAAAAAAUUAAAAAAGAAAAUCAUAGUUUUUGCCUAAACCCCAAACCAAACCUCAAAAUCCGUUGUGAGUAUAUGUUCUUUAGAUUCUAAUAAUUACUCCUGAUUUACAGUAGGCAACAACAAUUGCCGCAAAUGUCAUAAUAUGGUUGUGGGAGAGUUUGGGGAAUAUGGAGAUCCCUGACUUCUCAACAACCUCUCGUAGCCAAAAACUGACAAUUGCGCAAAUUAUAAUUGCCCAAUGAAAAUUUGGUUUUAGGAAUAGCUUUGCAAUUAGUUUUGUAUAUUUUUUUUGUAAACGAAUUGGUCUAUGAAAACUAGAAAUCGGUUGUAUUAGGUUCCCACAUACUAUGAUACGUAUAAAAUAAAGAAACGUCUUACGAAAACGUAGAAAAACAUAAAGAUAAAAUCAUUGAUUUAUAGGAGAUGGUUCAGACCUUCCAUAGAAAAAUACGUUUUUAAGGACUUCUGCAGAUGUAUGCCCUUUUUAGGGUCUUCUAUGAAUCGAAGUAAUUGUAAAGGUAUUCAAUAGAUAGGAGGCCCUUUGAAGAGGGGGAUUUAUGGAGGUCCUUUUAUUAUGGAUGUAGACAGAACCCAUGGGGUCCUUUAGAGGUAGAAUACCAAAAAGAUCUUUUAUUGAGGCAAUACAUCUUUCAGCUCUUCACUUUUUUGUGGUCUUGUCUGAAAAGCAGUCCGGUUGGUAUUCUUCUAUAGAAUAAAGAUUGCAGUAGACUUUUAGUUAAAUGUAGAUAUUUGAAAGUUUUAUUUUCACAGCAGAUUUGGUUUUUGAAGCCUCCAUGACCUAUUUAAGGUCUAAAGAACAAUAAGAUUGUUUUAAUGUCUACUAUAAAAGGAAUCCUUUCCAAAGUCUUUCAUAGAAAGAAUAUCGGUUUGAGAUUUUCUUUUGGGGAGAAAACAGUUUUAAGUACUUUUUGAAGAGGAUACUCUUUGAAAGACGUCGAAAUAAAGAAACCUUUAGGGUAUCAUCUUUAAAAAGUGUUAUUAAAAAAAUAAUAAUAAGGUAUCUUAUUAACCAAAGACUUACAGGUCUUUUAUAAAGGGUGGAACUUUAAAAACUCAUUUUUUAGGAUAUCUUUUUGAAAUUUUCCGUAUUAAAAAGAACAUUUUGAUAGUUCCAAGACUUUCAAAGGCAGAGUACUGUUUUAUAUAAAAAUUAUACAUUUUAAAGGCAUUUAACAGGAAGAAGGGAUUCUUCUUUUCCAAGAAAAAGCCCUUAGGGUCUUCUAGGGAAAAACCUUAAGGUCUUCUAUAAAAACACUUUUUUAGGCUGUGGUGUAUAGGGAAGUAUUUUUUUUUUCUGGCUUAACGUAAAGAAAUAUUAGAGAAGAGUUAUUUUUAUAAUAAAUGCGUAUGGAACUAUUUGAAGAUGUCGGAUGUGAAUGACAUAAAUAUUGGGAUUUUCUAAAAUAAGAAAACUUUUUGGGGCUUUCCCUAUACCCAUAGAGAAAUCGACAUUUUCUAGAUAGAAACUCUAUUUGCGAUCUUAUAUAAAAAUUUAAGUUUUAUUUAAAAAAAUAUUCUAUAAAUCAAAGAGGAUUUCUCAAUAAUGAAGACCUUCCUUAGUUUUUUUAAAGACAGGAACCCAAUUUUGUGAUUGCAAUAACCCACAAACCUAUUCCUUAGAUUAGUAAAAAAAUAUGUUAAUGCAAAGAAAUAUUAAAAAAGAGUUAUUUUUAUAAUAAAUGAGUGCGGAAUUAUUUGAAGAGUUCUAAGGUCUGAUGUGAAAGAAAUAUCAUAUGAGAUUUUCUAGAAUAAGAAACACUUUUAGAGGGCCUCAGUAUACGUAAAGUCUUCUAAUUAUUUUCUAUAAAGAAAUCGAUUUAUAUAUAGAAAAUAUGUUUUCUAAGGGAUUUCCAUAGAAUGAACCCCAAUUUUGAGCGUGCAAUUUACCACAAGAAUAUCCCUGAAAUUAGUAAAAAAAAUCCUAUCGCAGUGAUUGAUAUUAAGAAGAGUUAUUUUUAUAAUAAACGAUUGUGGAACUAUUCUGGGAUUUUUUUUGGGUAGCACGUUAAAUGACAGACCUUUAAAUGGGGACGAUAUUUUUCAUUUUUAGCUAAUCGAAACGUCACCAUAAAAAGGUUUCAAUUAUAUAGAAGAAAGACCUGUUUGAGGGCUUCUUUUAAAAAAGAAGUGGUAUCGUAUUAUUAUCGGCAUUCAGUGUGAGAUUCGACUUUAAAGUAUAAUAUUAAAACUUUUUACCGAAAAACGAAAAAAACGCAUCCUUUUUUGUGAUGUGUUUAAGAAAUUUUCUCCCGGUCUUUUGGAAUCCCCAAAAUGGUCCAUUUCUGACUACAUCGGUGUCAACAAUUUUGUAUAUUUUUCUCUAUUAAAAAUACAAUUUGAUACGUUGCAAAAGUGUUCGAUUUAAAUUUAUUCGAUCAAUUUUGUGUGGAAAAUGAGAAUCAAGAGCUAUUUUUAUAUUAAACGAUUGAACGGUUUACUGGUUAAUUGAUCGGAUUUUAAAUCUAAAAAUUUUUCACAAGAAUUGAUGGCAAAUUAUACGAAAAAAAAACUGAGGUGCAAAACAUCACCCCUGUAAGAAGUCAUAGGAUUUCCUUUUAUCUGCUUCCAUGAACAUAUCAUCAAAAAUAUUAGACGAUUAAUGCGUUUGGUCAAAUUUUUCUGUUUUAAACUGACCUUUCAUAAGUUUUCAUGAAACUUACAAGCUAUUUUAAUAAGCAUUAAAUAUUCGAAUUAAGAAUGUGUCUAGGGUCAACUUUUUCGUAAAUUGUAUGAACAUUUUGUAAAAUUGAAACUCAUUCGUAAUCAGGGAAAUGAAAACUUUUAAAUGACCUUUGGGAAAAGAGUUUUUUCUUUUCUUUUUUUUUCAAUUUUAGAUUGUUUUGGUUGAUAGGAUCAAAUUUUUUACAUUAUUUGAGGAGUAAAAAUUCGGAUAACUAUAAACUAUAAGUAGUGAAAUACUUUUUGGCCGUAUUAAUAUUACAAAUCAAAAAAAUAUAUUUUAAGGCAAAAGUCGAUCUAAGUAUACCUACUCCUGGCUUUUACUAUUAAAAUGAGUAGUUGGCCAUUAAGAAGACUUCAAUGUUGAAAUCGUAUGUUCUACAAGGGGUCCUUUAGAUAGUCUUCUGUAUUAUAAUUGGAUUUCAGAACUUCUACCGUUUUUUUUAUAAAACUAAGGAAACUUUUUAUCUCUUAAUUCUUUAAAAGUCAUAAAAUCAUAGAAUACCCUCAGAAACCUUGCAAAAAUAAGGACUUUUAUAGAAAACUAGAAUGCAACAGACGUAUAAAAUUUAUUUUACCUGAUUAAACUUUACCAAUUUAUGUAAAAGGACGAUAUUUUGAUUUUUGGCGAAAGGCUUGGGCUAUUCUUCUAUAGAUAAAAUGCGACCUAAGAAUUUUCUGUAGGUGUACGGCUUCCAACAGGUUUUCUAUAGAUAAACAGUACCCUUAAAUAGAUAUAAGAUUUUCUAAACGCCUUACAUUAAGAGAUUAUAUUCUUUUUAUAGAAUACCUUAACGGGUCUUUCCUAUAUCUGAAUAUUUCUAAAUGUUUUAUACAAUGAAAAUAUUGUUUAGGAUCAUUUCUGGGAACAUAAGUCCCUCUACUGGUAUCCUUUAGAUGUUAUACCCUGUAAAGACCUACAUACAUAUUCUUAUAUCCUUAGGUGUGCAUUUUAAACGUAGAAGGAUUUUUCAGAUCAUCUCUAGUUAGAACAUCUUUUGAAGGUUUGGUGUUAAUGAAAGGCCUUCUACACGUAUUCUCAAGAGAAAGGACCACAGUUCUCCUAUAAAUAUAUAUGGAUAAUAGAGCUUUCUUAAGGAAAUUGAUAGGAUUUAAUAAGAGCUUCUAUUGGAAUGUGAAAAAUAUGAAUAUAUGUUCAUUAUAUAUGAAUAUUGGAUCAAUCCUUACACAAAUUUCUCGUAAAAAAUGGGACCUUUAAAAAACUUUCUAUUUUUAGAAGGUCUCCAAUUUGUCCUCUAAAGAUGGAAUGUCUUUUACAGUUCCUAUGUGGGUCGUUUUAGUUUUCUGAUAUCAAUUCGUUAUGACUUAAUACAAAAAACAAACUAUAUAUUUUUUAUAUUAUUUGGUGCAUAAUUAAAUAAUUUUUCAAAAUUAUUUCAAUAGAUUAAACUGUUGUGGCAACGCUUUUUCCUGUUUUCAUUGACUUUUUUCAAUUAUUUUCCUAAAAAAAACAAAAAACUAUAAUUGUGCUUGCUCCGAAAGAGUUUACCGAGCGAUUUCCUUCGUAUUACAGCAAACAUAACCUCUAAGCUUCAUCUGAAAAUAUUUUGUUGUUUCCAUCGUUUUUCAUCAAUACUAAACAAAUAUGUGUGUAAAAUUUAUUGUAUGUUAUUUCUUUUUCUAAAAAAAAAAAAUAUUUAUAUUUAUAUAAAAAAAUAAAUAUAUAUUUAUAAAAUUUCACUAUAAAUCUUUACUAUAUAUAUAAUAAAAAUAUAAAUGUAUAUCUUUGUAUAUUAACACAUAUUAUUAAAAAAAUAAAAAAAUAAUAAUAAAAAAUAUAUGACAAAAAAAUUAAAUAGUUAAAGUUUUUAAAAAAAGAAUUUUUCGUUUACAUAUAUAGUACAGUUUUUUAGAGGGAUACACAUUUUUUGAUUUCUAUAUAGAAAAAAUAAAACGAAACACACACAUUUACAUACUCACAAAAACACAAAACCACACAUACACACAACAUAUAUAAGCAAAUAUGAUAUACAUAUAUAACAAAUAGUAUAUACAUGCAUAUAUUUAUGUUAUAAAGUAAUGGAUAAACUAUUUACAUUAAAAAUAUAAAAUAAAAAACAAUUUAUAUAUUUAAGUGGACAUAAAAACAACAACAACAAAGAAAAGGAAAUUAUGGAAACCUAAAAAAACAAAACAACUAUGAAAAAGUUAUAUUGUUUUUAACAAGAAGAAGAAAAAUUAUAGAAAUACAAAAAAUAACAACAACAAAAAAUAUAAUAAUAAAAAAAAUGUUAUUUGCAUUGUUUGUUAAGUAUUGAAAAGUCAACAAUAAAUAAUAAUAAUAAAAACGAAUAAUAACAACUAAAACCCCAUUGAAAACAUUACAAGACCCCACCAUACAUACACACAAACAUACAAACAUUUUUUGAAUCCUCUCACAAAACAAAUUUUUAACAUUUUAUCUUCCAUUACAAUGUCAUCAAAAGCGAAAAGAAAACCAAAAAAAAAAACGAAAACCCAAACCAAAACAAA